UCUUUCUCGGGACAGAGAACUGUGGGUGGUUCAGUUGAACAGUAGGCUAUCUGAGAGAACUUUGGGUGGUUCAGUUGAACAGUAGGCUAUCUGAGAGAACUUUGGGUGGUUCAGUUGAACAGUAGGCUAUCUGAGAGAACUUUGGGUGGUUCAGUUGAACAGUAGGCUAUCUGAGAGAACUUUGGGUGGUUCAGUUGAACAGUAGGCUAUCUGAGAGAACUUUGGGUGGUUCAGUUGAACAGUAGGCUAUCUGAGAGAACUUUGGGUGGUUCAGUUGAACAGUAGGCUAUCUGAGAGAACUUUUUGCUUUCUAGUAUUUUCUGGGGAGUCUCUCUCAGUUCUCUGUGUCACUGUGCCUGAGCUCUGAGCUUAGGGCUGUAAGAGACAGUACCUUUGGGCUGUGCAGGCAGUGUCUAACUGUGGGCUAUAAGGGGUUGUAAAGGUUUUGCCUUACUGUGGGCUGGAUGGCUGAGCUGGUGAGAGUGAGGAAGAAACAUCUCCAGACACCUAUCUCCAGGCUGAGGUGUAUGGUCAAGCAAUUGGAAGAGAAAGAUGUGGACUUCGAAAAUCUGAAGAAGAACUUGGACUACACAGCAUCCUUACUGGAAGCUGUUUACAUUGAUGGAACCAGACAGGGUCUGGACACAGAGGACGACCUCCAGAAGCUGCACUCUGAUGGCGUGCCCACGGAGGUCACUGAUUGGCUGGCUUCAACCUUCACUCAGAGGGCCCGCCACCCCGCCCGCCGCUCUGACGACAAACCAAAGUUCCGCAGCAUCGUCCACGCAGUGCAGGCUGGGAUCUUUGUCGAGAGGAUGUUCCGAAGGGCCUACACUGCUGCCAUGCCUGACCAACCUGCAGCAGUAGUUAACUGUCUCAGGGACAUUGACCGGUGGAACUUUGAUGUGUUUGCCCUGAACACAGCCAGUGAUGACCACGCACUACAGACGCUGGUCUUCGAGCUGGUGACACGAUACGAACUCAACAGCAGAUUCAAGAUCCCAAUCUCCUGUCUGAUGUCCUUCUUGGAGAAGCUGGAGAAAGGCUACAGUAAACACAGCAACCCCUACCACAGCAGUGUCCACGCAGCCGACGUCACACAAACCCUACACUGUCUGCUCUUACGUACAGGACUAGUGCACUGGUUGACUGAACUGGAGGUUCUGGCGUCCCUGUUUGCUGCGGCCAUCCAUGACUACGAACACACUGGAACUACCAACGACUUCCACAUUCACACAAAGUCAGACUUUGCUAUGAUCUACAACGACCGGUCAGUCCAGGAAAGCCACCACAUCAGUGCUGCGUUCCAUCUUCUACAGGACGACCAAUCCAACAUCUUCAUGAACCUCUCCAGAGAACAGUGGAUGGAGCUGCGAGCGCUGGUGAUAGAGAUGGUGUUGGCUACAGACAUGUCGUCUCACCUUGUCCAGGUCAAAGCCAUGAAGGGGUGUCUGCAGCAGCACGAAGGCAUAGACAAACCAAAAGCGCUGUCCCUACUACUGCACACUGCAGACAUCAGCCACCCCUCUAAGCCCUGGAGUCUACACUCUCGCUGGACCAAAGCCCUCAUGGACGAGUUCUUCAGACAGGGUGACAGAGAGGCAGAGCUUGGUCUUCCCUUCUCUCCACUGUGUGAUCGGAACAGCACCCUGGUCGCAGAGUCACAAAUAGGUUUCAUAGACUUCAUAGUAGACCCUACGUUCUCCCUACUGACUGACGUGGCUGAGAAGAUAGUCAUUCCCCUGGUGGAAGACAACCCAGGCCCACCGGACCCCUGCAAUCGACAUAGUAAUCUGUGGAAGGAGAGUUCCAGAGGACUACAGUGGAGCUUGUCUCACAUCACCUCAGAACUGGUCAGCUUCAGAUCCACCUGGACACGACACACAGAAGACAACAAGUUCAAAUGGAAGGAGAGCGGCUCCAAUGGGCUCUUGGAUCAGAUCGUGUCGAAGGAGCCGUUGGCUGGUGAAGACGAUGAGCUCUCUGAACAACUGCUGCAGACCCCUUCUAAUGAUGCUAAACAGUAGAUAGGCCUCUCAUGUAGUAUGAUGCCUAUGUAAACGAUAUGUAAAUGGAGGGUUGGGGAGAACUGUUUACAUGUAAUCUUUUACAUGUAAUCUGAUAAUAAUACAAACAUGUAACUGUAAUCAGCUACUUUACCAGCUAAAAUAUUGUAAAUGGAUUCCAAAUACUUUUGAAAAACUAGAUGAUUACUUCUUCAAUUACUUUAAAAUUCAGAAAGGAUGUUUGGGAAAGAAUACAGUAUGCCACCUUUCUGUUUCUCAAUGACAUUCAAUUCAGCACUGAAAAAAGGUGCCAGUUUAUGUUUGUUCCACCUGGUUUGAUGGAUCGUUUCCAUCUUCUUCUGAUGUCUCUUAAGGAGAAAGUAAUCAGUUGACAUUACAGAGUGGAGGGGAAAGUAAUCCAAAAGUAACUGAAAGUAAUCAGAUUAUGUUACUGAGUUAAGGGGAUAGUAAUCCAAAAGUAACUGAAAGUAAUCAGAUUAUGUUACUGAGUUAAGGGGAUAGUAAUCCAAAAGUAACUGAAACUGAGUUUGGGUAUCCAAAAGUUAAGUUACUGAUUACAAUUUUGGACAGGUAACUAGUAACUGUACCUGAUUACAUUUAGAAAGUAAUCUAUCCAACCCUGUGUAAAUUAUAGUAAUUUAAUGAAGAUUACCAAAACAUGCUGGUCAUGUUUUAUGCUAAUUACCAUACAUGAUUUUACGGUGGUUUGCUUGCAAUUUGUUAACCAGUUAGGAAAACUUUCAUGGAGAAACUUAGCAAAGAUCAUGUAUCAUGGGUAACAUGGGUAGCAUGUAUGUUACAUGGAAUAGACGGGUAAUGUCAAAGGUACCAGCAGUGAAAGGCUGGCCUUAUCAUGUGGAAGAUGUACGAUGUAAUCAUGUAACUGUUGUUGUUGAUGUAAAGUACAACAAGACAAAGAGUUUUCUACUUCUUUAUAUUCUACCAGUACCACUGAGGAGAUGCUGAUGUGCUUUAUAUUCUACCCUUACCACUGAGGAGAUGUUGAUGUGCUUUAUAUUCUACCCUUACCACUGAGGAGAUGUUGAUGUGCUUUAUAUUCUACCCUUACCAUGGAGGAGAUGUUGAUGUGCUUUAUAUUCUACCCAUACCACUGAGGAGAUGUUGAAGAGUGAUUCUUUAUCUAAUUCUUCAUCUGUUUUCUUUGAAUCCAAAGAAUUGGAAUCGUGAACUAUACUGAACAUACAGGAUAUCAGUAGCCAUUGUCCCAGAUCAUUAGCCAACUCUUCUGACUAUCAGCCAGGAACAUAGCCUGGAGACCCAUCUAUAGCCAAACUAGCAUUUCUUCUCCACGAUGAGUCUUGAUUUGCUUGCCUCCCUUAAGUUUUGUAGAAUGGGGACACAUUCUGAUCAUUCUGAUUGGUUCCAGAAACCGGUGGGCUGGGCCAGAGCCGGCCUACAUGAUGACCGUAUCAACUUUGAUACUCUGAUUGGUUAGAUUGAUUAGAGACCAUCCAAUCACUGAUUUAAUUGUUUUGUACAACGCCCCUCAUUUUCACAGCAGCACAAAUGACUUCUGGGAUGGCAGUUUCAGAUUUCAGGAUGGCACAGUCAUAGAGCAGAAUAAUUCACUUCAGUAUGACGCGUCAGGCAACCCAGAACUGCCAUAUUGUACAAGUCUUAUAUCUUUAAUGUUGUGAUUCUGAGGCCAUCCUACUAUGGACACGGCACAUCAAAGACAUGACAGACAGUAAUAGUCAGGAGAGUUGAAUGAAGCACUGCAGAUCUGGGACCAGGCUGAGAUAUCAGUCCAAUCCUGCAGCAGAGUUCUGUUCACUGGUCCUCCAGUAGGAGGAGCCAAAACUGUGGGGAGGAAGAUUGAACCAGGCUACAGUGGUAUUAUGAAAUGCAUUGGGUGAAAACUGGUCACGUUGUGAAAUAUUUAUGUGUUUUAUGCUCGCAGCACCACGUCUAUUGAAUAAUUGAUAAUAGGGUUUUGUUAUAAGUCAACCUUACUUACUCAACAUUAUAGGUCAGUGAUGCAACACUAAAGUCAGAGCCGUAUUGUUGGCCUACUAUGGGUAGUUCUUGGCAUGAAUUAAAAUGGAUUAUAAAUUGGGUGGUUCGAGCCCUGAAUGCUGAUUGGCUGACAGCCGUGGUAUAUCAGACCGUAUACCACGGGUAUGACAAAACAUGUAUUUUUACUGCUGUACUUACGUUGGUAACCUGUUUAUAAUAGGAAUAAGGCACCUCUGGGGUUUGUGAUAUAUGACCAAUAUAUCAUGGCUAAGGGCUAUAUCAAGGCACUCCACUUCGCGUCUUGCUUAAGAACAACCCUUAGCCGUGGUAUAUUGGCCAUAUACCACACCCCCUUGGGCCUUAUUGCUUAAUUAUAGCAUGGAUUAUGAUUUUGGAAUAUGUUUUGUUUAAAGAAGUAAACACAAACGCUUGUCCAAUUUCAACACUUCAUUGUAUCAAACCAUUUUUUUUUAAAUUACAUGUGUAAUCAUUACCAAGUCAAACAAAGUUGAACUAAAAUGCAGAUAUAGAUGGAUUUCAUGUACCGUAAUUUAUCAUUAAUAAAAAUUAAAUAAAUACACAAUCAGGUAUGGUGUUCAUACAUUGAAAAUGAAUUACAAGAUAAUGUUUUUAACAGAUGUAGAGUGUUCAAUGCUAAAUAACUAGAAAACUUUCUAUAAGCAGAAUAUAAUUGUGGGUCAGAUUCCCGGGACCACCCAUACAUAAAACAUAGGAACACAUGACUGGAAGUAUGUUACUGUUAUGUUGAAAUCCUUACACCUGUCUAAUUCAGUAGACCUCUCUAAAUUGACAUAAUGUCGUUCAUUUGCUGUGUACUAUACAUACAGUACAUUGAAGUAAUAAGCCUAAUCUGUCAUCAAAAUUAUAUGAUGACGCUGAUGAAUAUAUUAGGUCUAAAAUGUCACCCAAUCAGGACCCUAAUGUUACAUCAGUGAAGCAGAGUAUGGGAUCGAACUAGUGGAAAACAAAUAUAUUUACCAAAGAUAAAAUAAGUUACAUAUGGAUGUUGUUACGGUACAGAAAACAAUACGAUAUACUGGUAGUGAAAUGAUGUACUGGGGGGAGUAUAGAACAAAGGGGUGUGUAGUACUAAAUCUGUACUAUGCAUGACUGGGAUGUCAAUAGACACGUAAAUAGAUGUUUUUUUAGUUUUUAAAAGGUCAAAGUUUACCCAGAGUCCUGUCCAAUGAAUUGGUCCCUUAAUCAGAUAUGUUUUGGAGACUUCAGAGACUCAAAUAGACGGAGACCCAAAACACUCUGAUCACAGCUCCAGAUUGGGUCAUUGAGGAUUCCCAGGAUGCCUCCCAAAUAAGCACCGUGUCCCCAAUAAUACAGUAGUACACUACUCCAUUUGGCUCUGGUCAAAGGUAGUGUACUAUAUGAGGAAUGAUGUGCCCUAAGUGAUGCAGUGAUACUGCCCUGUGACUCUUAAAAAUAGACAAUGUUAUUGUCGUGGCACAAAUAUGUGUUGUGGCACAAAUAUGAAUAAGGACUAAAUGCUGUUCUUGUUGUUGUUGUUUAUGCAAGUCUCUUUUGGCCCACCGAGGUCUAGUUCCUUCAAGAGUCCUGGGCGGAAUGUCUAAAACAUCAAAUCAAUCUUAGAAUAAUCAUGAGACAAUAUUUGGAUUUAUGAGUAUUAUACAAUGACCAUGUUAGACAUGUGAGUGCUAGGCCGUUACAGUUUGUGUAUACAACAAACCAAAAACUGUCGUGAAAAAUACCCAAAUAUUUCCUGUCCUGGUUUGGAACAUUAGACAAUUAGUUACAGAUUAGUAGGGGCAAUCAAAUGAGUAAAUCAAAAGAAACAAUAAACGCCUAGUCAUAAAUAAACGCCUAGUCAUCUCUCCACCUGCACGGUAUAGUACCUGACCGGACAUACAUCCUGAUGUCUCCGUAUCUACAGUGUGUCUGUUUAUCAAAAGGAUGAUCACUUGUCUGUCUGUUGUCUGUAGUUAUUGACUGAACAGCAGGUCCCAAAUGGCAAACUAUUCCCUACAUGGUGCACUAUUUUUGUCCAGAGCCCUGUG